AUGGUUGGACCGGCGGACCAAGCCGUGAAUGCGGCCAAGGACGCCGCGCUGCACAGCUCCGAAAGCGCGUGGGCGGAUCCGUUGGGCCCGCUGCAGCAGCUGCGCGACGCAUGCACGCACCACUCUGGGCCCCUCAGCGAUGCGACCUGGAUGGCGCUCAACCCGAUUCUGCACAAUUGCCCACCAGAAACUCGCGGGCGCUUGUGCCAGGUGCUCACGUGCACAAUCGAGGACAGCCCCGCGCGCCGGCAGCAGGCGUUGGCGCGGCCCACCUUGCUCACCGCGCUCGCAGCCCUGGUGCAGGAGGGCACCCGCGGCCACCCGGCGGGGCCGCACGCCGCGCAAGUUAUCCGCAGCCUGUUCGACCCCAGCGACCCCGGCGACGAUGCGGCCGCCGCGACCGCGAUCCUCACCGCCGCGCCGGGCGCCAGCAGGUCGCUGACCGCGCUGCUGCUGAAGCUCUCGCGGCGCGGCCGUGGCCGGCUGCGCCUGUGCGUGCCCUGCGUCGGGGCGCUCUUGUACCUCGUCGCCCCAGAGGUGUCCCGCGGCGCGGCGCUGGUGCUGCUGGGGCAGCCAGGGAUCGCAGAAGCGCUGCGGCGCGUCGCAGGUUCGCCCCUUACCUCGCCCCCUGCAUUUGGCGACUGA